AAGGCGAGAAGACGGCGUAAAGUAACGCGGAUUUCCCGCCAUUGAUACCGCUGGCGGCUCCGGGCUGGAACUUGUAGUUGUCGGGGGGAAAUAAAGUUCCCUCGGCCGCCUCCUGCAACCCGGAGUCACGGUGCUUCGCGCCCCGAUCUGUGGCAAAAUGCCUUGCCUGGAUGACUGGGUGAAUGACCCCCUGAACACGGUGCAGGGCAUUUUUGCUCAAAGUGGCGCUGGUGGGGAAUGGGAAAAGAAAGUGGUGGAGUACUUCAGAGAGAAGUUGAAGGAGACGACAGCAGCCAGCUGGGUCCCUUCCUUGAAUGAUGUUCCACUGCAUUACUUAAAGCCAAAUAGCUUGGUGAAGUUCCGCUGUAUGAUCCAGGAUAUGUUUGAUCCAGAGUUUUACAUGGGAAUUUAUGAAACGGUGGAGUCAAACACCAAAUCCAAGGUUCUACGGUUUGGAAAAUACAAAGAUGUUGCUGAAUGUGGGCACCAGCAAGAGAUUGUUUUGGACUCUCCCAAAUGUGCCACCUUGGAGAGGCAAACGUUUUACUGUAUUCCUGUGCCUGGAGAGUCGGAGUGGGUGAAAGAAGUCUAUGCUAGUGCCAACCAAGCACGGGGAAAUCCUUCCACGUCCUACACUCCAAGUCGUCACAAGAGGAGUUACGAGGAGGAUGAAGACAUGGAGAUGCAUCCACCCAAACCUAAGGAGCAGUGUGCAGCUGGCUGUAGUGCAUCGCAAGGGUGUGGGGAUGCAAAACGUCUUGAGAAGGAAGCACCAGCAGGACACCAAAAUUUGUCAAACUGCACAACGUCGAUUGAUCUCAACUUCCCAUUACCAGGAGAGAAAGGCCCGGCAUGCCUUGUGAAGAUCUAUGAAGACUGGGAUAGCUUCAAAGUCAAUGAUAUGCUAGAAGUUUAUGGAGUUUUAUCAGUGGAUCCGGCUCUGGGUGUAAUUAAUGAAGAGAGUGUAAAGGAUGGAUUGUCACUCUUGGAUCCUGCUGAGUGUAUGGACACCAUGGAAGAACAACGGGUGCAUAGUCCUCCACCUUCCUUAGUUCCAAGGCUUCAUGCCAUCGUAACUCGCAAACUCCAGCAUGUUAAUCCUUUCCUUCCUGUUACCCUGCAUGAUAAAGAAAAUGAGCACUUCAUCUCCAACAUCAUCCCUGAAUUAUCAACAGUCAGAGCUGAGUUGCUUGGGUUUCUUACACAUGCAUUACUGGGAGAUGGUUUGGCAGCAGAAUAUCUCCUGUUACAUUUUAUAUCAACAGUAUAUUCCCGGCGUGACAUUCUUCCAUUGGGUAAAUUCACAGUAAACUUGAGUGGCUGCCCGAGGGGUAAUGGUUACACAAAAUACCUACACAAGACCAUUCAGCAACUGGUUCCAUCAUCAUAUUGUCUACCCAUGACGCUCCAUAAUAUGAACACCCUGCGAUUCAUCCCACACAAAGACUACACUGCCAACCGCCUUGUUACUGGAGUACUACAGCUAGCCAGUAACACUUCUCUCAUGUUAGAUGAGACCUUACUGGAACAAGGGCAGCUGGAUGCUACAGGAGUUCGAAAUGUGACAGCUCUGGGUAAUUUAAUUACUUGGCAGAAGGUAGACUAUGAUUUCAACUACCACCAGAUGGAAUUCCCUUGCAAUAUUAAUGUACUCAUCACUUCAGAAGGAAGAUCUCUCUUACCGUUUGACUGCCAAGUCCACUUACAAGCUCAGGUGGCUCCUGCAAACAUGGAAGAAUACAUGACCAAUUUACUGACAGCCUUGCUGCCCUCCAUGUUGAAGAAAUUUCGCAUCUACUUGAGUUUACUUCGGCUAAUGGACUACAGUAUAUCUGAUGAAGUGACCAAGGCAGUAGAGGAAGACUUUGUGGAGAUGAGAAAGAGUGAUCCACAAAGCAUAACUGCAGAAGAUCUCCAUCAGUUACUCGUUGUGGCAAGGUUGGUGUCACUGAGUGCUGGCCAGACAACAUUAUCACGUGAGAGAUGGCAGCGAGCAAAGCAGCUGGAGGUUCUUCGCAAAAGUAGAAUACAACAGCAAGCCCAUUUAAAUGGCAAUGAGCCUUAAUGCCAGGUGUUUUACUGUCAAUAAAACUCAACAGAACUUGUGUGCCAGUGGGCUUCAUGUAAAUUUCCAGAGCUAACAUUCCUCCUCAGACCACCUGCCAAAUUCGUCAAAUUGAGGAAAAAGUUUUUUCUUCUUUGUAGACCAUUUGUAUCAAAGUUUCUUAAAAAAAAAACUUUCUUAACUCUGAAUUCUGACGGCUUUAAUUCAUAAUGUACAUGUUGCUUGUACUGAAACCUCUGCAUUUUAGUUACGUGCAUUCAUUUGUGAAAAUGUCUUCUACAUUCCCCUUACUGCAAUUUCUCAAAUACAGGCUAUUUUUGUAAUUUUGUAAACUGCAUAACAUUGUACUUGUUCAAAAUGGCUUUUUUUUAAAAAAAGAAUGUGAAGCAAGUUUCAAUUGUUACUUUUUUUUAAUAGUCAAAUUGUGGGUGUGGUAGACUUCUAUUAAGAUUUGCACAUCUGGAUUUAACCUGUAGCUGAUGCUGGAGCCACAAGCGGAUCAGUUUGUUUACAUGAGAGACCUUUGAGUGGAUAACUGCUUGAUGGGUUAAUUUCUGGCAUUAUUACCAUUUUUAUUACUACACCAGACUUCACUGGAUAUUUAAAAUUAAUACAAGCUGCCUUCAGAUUCUUAGAAACGUUUUUUACAUCUAUUGUGAAAAUUGUUUUUUAAAGAUUCACUGAAAUUAUAUACCUGUCAUUUCACUGAUUUGCUUGUGAGAUGUCAUAUGUGGUAAUGUGCUGAAAUGAUCUGUCCUUUGAGUUAUUUUUACUCAUUUAUGUAGAAAAUGUGUCUGGUAACAAAUGCAGGGCGUAAAUUAAUGGCUUGUUGGUGUAUAAAAGAAUACAAUAAUUGAUAUGAUUGCGUUAAAGCAAAGCUGUAGAGCGGCUUGUGUUAUCUCAGUGCCUACAUUUCAUGUUGUCUUAUAACACUCCUGAGUUUUUGCCUUUAAGUAGAUUGCGCGCCUGCAUUAUCAUGCAGGUGGAAUAUUAUUAUUCUCCUUGGACAUUAGUUUGAAAUACAUUGACUGUAAUUUACUAGUUAGAUGGACUCACCAGCACCUGAGCAGACAUUUUAAUAGGAAUCCUAGGAUUCUUUAGUGCUUUAUUGGAAUGAUCGAUUGGUUAAAUAAUGUUUAAUAUUCCAAUAAUAAACUUAAAAGAUAAAAUUCUCUGCAGCAUGCCAGACGUCAGCAAUUUGGGUGAAUUCAGUAAAAGCAAGACUGUUAUCUUUGUUUUCCUCAUCAAGCAUUUGAAUCCUUACUUAAAUUCGUAUUCUACUUUGAUCUAAUGAUGUAAAGUUGCAGAUUUGGAGUAAUCAUCAGCUGCUUGGACCAAGCUACAGAAGGGGAGACAUGGUCAAGCAUUUAACCUUGCGACCACUGGCAAAAAGGAGCUGUUCAAUAUUCUUGCUUCAUGUAAAACUUGCCCCCAAAAAAAGUUUAGUCUGCCUGUCACAUUAAAGUCUUGCCCAACUCGUGACCACUUGCAGUGUUUGCAAGAUGUAGCAGAAUUCUUGAGAAUGUCAUACUUAAAUAAAUCUUAGUGAAUUGUUGCUUUCUCCUGGUGAAAGGGAGCUGGGGACGAGAUAAUCUUUGAUGGGAUAUAACGCAGUGGAAUGUGGUGCUUGUCCCAACAACAUGCCUAAGUCUAGACCUGAGAAUAUGGUUUCCAAAGAAGGCCCCUUUUUAACUAACUGGCUGUUGCACAGCAGAUGAACCUAAGAAUUCUAUCCAGCAAUUUUUUUGGGGAAGCAAAAAAUAUUCUACAUUCAAGUGUUCCAGAAAAAAUUAAUAAGUAAAUCAUUACUCUGUUCUAAGGUCAUUAUAUGUGUGCAAGAUAGUGUUGGCAGCUUGUUUGAAUUAUCAGAAGAUAUGUGUGUACCAGGAGGGUAUGCUUAACUUUGAAUAAGUUCAGAGAAAAUUUGUAGUUUGUAAUGGUUUGAAUAGAUGGUUUUAUACUGAGGCCAUUGAAUAUACCAAACCUGUUUCUCUCGAAUUGUUUUAUCACAGUAGUAGACUUAUUCAAAUAGAUUUUGAUUGGAUUUAAAUCAAAGAUUAAAAUCAAAUUAAAUUAUUGCAAUCAUUUUCUGAGGGGAAAAUUACCGACUAAAGUCACAAGUCCUUAAUAUAGGUAAUUGUGUUCUUGGAUUAUAAAUGAGAGAUAGUGAGAGAAAAUUAUGUACAUAUGCUAUUCAAAGUUGUUACCCUCCUCCUCUAACUUGUAUAAAAAAAAACCCUGAAAUUAAAGUGUGGGAUGAAUAUGUUUUUCAAAAAGUAAAUGAGAAUUGCAUGUUUUUCAAGAUUUUUAUACAAUGAUCUUAUCAAAUUUGCAUUAUUGUAAAUUUGUUAAAUUAAUUACAUACAUACAUUUUUGAAAUUGUUUCUGGUAAUGUCAGCAUUUUGUGCCUAUUCCUAUCCUGUCUCUAAGGUGCUGGUGAGCUGCUGCCUUGAAAUAUCACUUCUCCAGUGCUUUGAGAGAACAGAUUCCAGAUUGAACCCAUGUGAUAGUAAAGGAUCGUGUAUGAUUUGCAGCAGCUCACAUGUCCGUCUGCAGUGUCCUUCCUGCUGGGGAAUAUGUUUGGAGCACUCCUGGAAGAGAAGCUUCUGUAGGUUUAGAAGUGAUAUAGUGGCACUUUGUGGGGUAAUCUUGGUAAAUGGAGGUGUCACUGCAACAGACUUCACUGGCUGAUGUUGACUACCAUUCUGGUCUGGAUAUGGUAUGAUCUCAGAUCUUUGAUCUGAUCUGAUGUUUAUGAAACAGCAUGGGAACCUUGAUAUGUGGUAUGUGACUACCCAAUUUAGCACAAUUAACAGCUAACUACAAAAAGUGAGCUAUUGGGACCCCUGUUAUAUGCCAACCCUACAUGAAAGUACAGGAGCAGGGAGGUACUACUGCAGUUGUACAAGGUCUUGGUGAGACCACACCUGGAGUAUUGUGUGCAGUUUUGGUCCCCUAAUCUGAGGAAAGACAUCCUUGCCAUAGAGGGAGUACAAAGAAGGUUCACCAGAUUGAUUCCUGGGAUGGCAGGACUUUCAUAUGAUGAAAGACUGGAUCGACUAGGCUUAUACUCGUUGGAAUUUAGAAGAUUGAGGGGGGAUCUGAUUGAAACGUAUAAAAUUCUAAAGGGAUUGGACAGGCUAGAUGCAGGAAGAUUGUUCCCGAUGUUGGGGAAGUCCAGAAUGAGGGGUCACAGUUGGAGGAUAAAGGGGAAGCAUUUUAGGACCGAGAUGAGGGAAAACUUCACACAGAAAGUGGUGAAUCUGUGGAAUUCUCUGCCACAGGAAACAGUUGAGGCCAGUUCAUUGGCUAUAUUUAAGAGGGAGUUAGAUAUGGCCCUUGUGGCUAAAGGGAUCAGGGGAUAUGGAGAGAAGGCAGGUACAGGGUUCGGAGUUGGAUGAUCAGCCAUGAUGGUACUGAAUGGCAGUGCAGGCUGAAUGGCCUACUCCUGCACCUAUUUUCUAUGUUUCUAUGAAACCCAUUUUAUUUCCUGGGCAUCCCCGUUGCCUUCCCUCCACUCCUAUCACUCACUGAAAUUAGAGCCAAUUAACAAUAUUUAACCAAUUAAAUGGCGUUGGCUCGUUGGUGCAGGGGAACAUUAUGUAGUCACAGGCAGAGUGUAAAUUCCACACACAAGACAAGCGCUUAAUCUGAGUCAGAGGCAGUAGCACUACCCCUGUUUAGUUAUAAUGCACCCAACAGAAUGGAGGGUCUUCGUGCUGUGAAGAUUUGUCUCUGCAGUAAAUCAUUCUACCCAGACUGUCAUAGAUGGUAUAGCUGUGACAGGUGCAUGGAUGGGGGUCAAGCAGAUUUGUAUUUUGUGUUGGUUCAUACACAAUGUGUUGUGGACACAUACUAAUAGCUGUACUUUAGUGCUUGGGCAUUAUCAAGUUGUAAUUGAAGUCCUGUAAUAGAUUACGUUCUGUACUCUUGCUACUGUGUGCUUCUGAAUAUUCAAUAUGGAGUGUUGAAUGAUUGGUAAUCAAGAAAUCUAACCCAUGUUUGUCUACCAUGAGACAUUGCAGGAGCUGGAAUCAGUUAAGAACUGCCAGAAAUAAAUCACCUGCUAUGCAUAUGCCAUUUCUGGUGCCCGUCUCCUAACAGUGUUACAGGACAUUACCAUGGUUAAUAACAGUAGAGACUGCCAUAUUAAUCCAACAGUCCCACUCACAGAAUAACACUGGACAACAAAGAAUACUUUGGGGGUGUACCAUGGAUUUUUGGCUCCUGAUCUUAAAAAUCAGCAUGAAACUUCCCUAUUACCUGCCCUUUUUUUUUUAGGUAUUGCCUAUAUUUGUAAUUCCAAUUCAUAAUUCAAGUCAAUUAAGGAAGGCAUUUUUGUUGGUCCACAAAUCAAACACAACCAAUUGUAAGAUCAUCUAGUGAGAUUUGAGAAAGUCACAUAAAGGCAUUCAGGGAUGUCAUUGGCUCUGGAGAUGUGCUGAUUCCAGGCUAGUGCCCCUGACUAAGGCGUUGCAGGUGAAUACAGAACAUCAGCAGCAGGCUAGCUGCCGUAGUCUGUGUGUCCAGAGAUCUGAACCUUUCCAGGGCUUUUAAUAUUGUAAAUCGGCAAGUUUGUUAUGUCUCCCCUCUCACUGUGAGAUGGAGACAUCUCUUUUUUCCCUUAUUAGUGUGACAGAGCGACCGACCUUGUGUUAUAUCGAAUUAGUGGGUGAAUGAGUAGUCAUUGGGGUACUUCAACUGUCUUUAUUGAUGCUUGAGUGUUCAGUGCAGGGCAUUGAUGCUUUUGUGCUGGUGGG